AGCUGGAUUGAUGACUUUACCGCAUAAUGCCAAGAUGCAUUAUAAUUAUGCAAAUUUCCUCAGAGAUUCCGCUAGAUCUGAAUUAGCAAAAGCCCACUACUAUAAAGCUCUCAAAUUAUGGCCAACUUAUGCUAGCGCUCAUAACAAUCUUGGCACCCUUUUGGACAAUAAACAGGAGGCUGAACAACACUUCCUAGCAGCAAUUAGGUGUUCUUCAGACCAUGUGAAUGCCCACUUCAAUUUGGGACAACUCUACAGAAAAAACAAUAGAUCAUCUGAAUCGGAGCUUAUGCUGGAGAAAUGCAUUCAAUUAGAGCCACGCUUCACACCUGCCUACAUAGAACUUGUCAAACUUCGAGGACCCAGUGACCGCAGCGUUUACCAAUUGCUCAAGAAAGUCGUGGAGAUCAAUCCAACAGAUCCAUAUUACAGUACCAAUUUCGGACAUUGGUUGGUGAAAGAAGGAAGAUAUCAGGAUGGGAUCACGCAUUACUGGAAAUCACUUCAGAUAUCUCCGUCUCAUCAAGAAGCACUUAUAGGAGCUGCAAAAAUCCUUAGAAGAAUAGGUCAAUCAUCGAGACUGUUUCAAUUGACAACAAGAUGGCAAGUCAUUAAAAGAGAUAGCAAGGGACAACUUUUAUUAGGAUUACAUUUGUAUCUGCAGGGCUGGCAACUGAAGAGUGAACUCAUCACCAAAGCAAGAAAUUAUAACGUAGAUCUUCAUAACAAUAUGAAUAACAUAACCCCUUGUUCCAAGAAAAAUAGCACCACUCAAGAUCGAGGUAGUAAGAUGGGACCCAAAAAUUAUUCUAUCGACUCAAGUACACGGCCUUAUGAAGUGCAAGUGAGGAAACAAAAAAGCACAAACCCGGCUCCAACCCCACUCAUGAUGCAUCACUUGUUGGACAGUGUUUGAAUACUUUGUGUAUCCUAAAUCUGAAAUAUUUUAUGGAUACUAUUGAGUCAAAUAUUGUGAAAUAAUUCAAUGAAUUGCGAAAGUAUACUUGCUUCGGAAUAUGUGAUAUCAACUUUUGAAUAGUGAAAGAUACAAAUUUGGUGAAAACAUUCUGCACAGUGAUAGUUUAGUUGCCAAUGAUACUACCAAAUUCAAAUACAUGAAGAGUGUUUUUCGAAGUGAUUGAAUCGUACUAUAAAAAUGUUAUUAUCAUGAUGAUAUGAGAAAAUUGCUGAUACGAAAAACUUUCGAAUUAUUUUUUAAGUCGGAUUCAUGACUCGAAUGAAUGUUGAGAAUGUUUUCACUUCCAGAAUUUUUACGACACAGUGACAAUUUUGCAUCUAUCACUGAAACCAAAUAUAUUGUUACGUUUU